UUUCUGAAUCUGAAAUUUCCCCCCAAUCAAAAUAGAUUGGACAGGUUAGAUGGACUGAACUGAACCAAUAACAUGUAAGAGAAAUGUGAACCUUCAAACAAAAUGAAAUAAAUGAAUCUUCUACGAAGGGGACGUGGCUUCAUUGUGUUUUCGUAACCGUGAUUCUCAUGGGCGGGAUCAAGGAUUUAAAAUCACUCAGGCUUCUGGUGCCGUUUCACAUUCACAAACUCCAAAGAAAAUGAAAAACUCAUCAGAGUACGUGUGGGGUUAUGAGUACUACUAUGAUUACGUGGAUCCAGUCUUGGUGAAUGCGAGUACACUGAAGUACAGCAGAUAUUCGAUUGUGCUGAUAUUCUGGAUGAUUCUAGCUGCGUUCAUUGGCUUCUUCUUCUUGAUUUUGUCACUUAUUUCACAUUCAGGACAACUGCCAAGGGGCCCUCGAGUCCAAAAAUCUGGUUUGCCACUGAUGAAAGGUUAUGGAUCUCCUCAGUAAAGACACUAUUAAGGAGCAUCUUCAAGAAGCAAACCCAUAUCCUGGUCUUCACAAAGCUUAAAGUGACAACAGAUAAUGAUUAAUCAAUCACAAUAAACAACUGACAAGAUCA